AUGGUGUACAUUAACAAUACUUAUGAACAGUGGGACGGCUUCAAGAGCUUAAAUAACGCCAAGAAGAUUGUUUCUUUUGGCGGCUGGGGUUUCUCUACUGAAGGUUCAACGUACGACAUUCUUCGCAGAGCCAUGCAGCCCGUCAACCGCGACACAUUCGUCAAGAACAUGGUCGCAUUUGCUCAGGCGGCCGGUGUAGAUGGGAUUGACAUCGAUUGGGAGUAUCCUGGGGCCCCUGAUAUCCCCGGAAUCCCUCCUGGACUCGAGUCAGAUGCCCCUAACUACCUGGCAACACUCAAGGCAUUGAGAAAGGAACUGCCCAAGGAAUUUUCCCUCUCAAUUGCUGCCCCUACAUCUUAUUGGUACCUCAAAGCGUUCCCGAUCAAGGACAUGGCUGAGGUUGUUGACUAUAUCGUUGGUGUUGCUUUAGGCUAG